AUGAGUGGUUCCGAUGGGGUGCUGGGUAGUGUGCGGGAUGAUGGACGCCAUUCACCGGCCAGCACCGAGCAGCUAACGAAAUGCGUAGAAAAAGAGCUAGAUUGCGUAGCGAUAGGUAGCCGGCUUCGGGGGCCGAUGGGGACGCGACCGCCGGCCAAAUUAUGGCCACAGCUCUGGGCCACCGUCGUUCGCAGCCUGCUACUCAAGAAGCGGGACACCAGAAAAACCCUCGCUGAGGUGCUGGUUCCCCUUUACUGCCUUGGUGUGCUGAUCUUCUUAAAGGUGUUAGUGCCGAACCCCAACUUUCCAGAAGUGAGGAAACCAGGCCGGCUGCUGCGCAUACACCACGAUGCGUUCCCCGAGAACCAUUCAGUUGCUGUUGUGGCCGAUUGGGAGACUGCUAAUGGAACAAUUGGAUUCCUCGACGAGAUCAACAACUUAAUGAUUGACUCGGGACAGCACGCCAUCAACUGGAUCCAUUAUAACAACACCACGGACCUCAACGACGCUUACCACCUCAACGCCCGGCACUUCCCAAUCGCUGUCAUCUUCCACACUGACCCCAGUACCUUCGGUGAACCGCUCAGAUACACAAUUCGAACCAAUCCAUCUCACGCUGGCACUCCCUCUACCCGCACAUUGACCACGUCGCCAGUAAAAUGCCGGGAAAGGCCCGCCGUGAAGGACUGGUCGUCCGACUGGUCGCGAGGAGGCCAACUGAUCCCCCUCUCCGAGAUGCACAGGGAAGACACGUGUCCCGUUCUACAGUACUACUACUCUGGAUUUCUAGCUCUGCAGUCUCUUAUUGAUUACAUUAAAAUUAAGAUCGAUACCGGUUCUCCCCUUCCACCUCCAAGGGUCGACCUUCGGCAGUUCCCAAAACGGCAACACACCGGCGACUGGCUCGUCAUCUUCAGAGUCAUCAUGCCUAUGUACAUGGUGAUGACAUUAUCACAGUUCAUCACCUACCUUUUGAUGUUCGUGGUUGGUGAGAAGGAGAAGAAGAUUAGAGAGGGCAUGAGAAUCAUGGGCUUGAAAGAUACUGCUUACUGGGGUUCCUGGUUCCUAAUAUACGCAGUUUUCGUUACUAUACUGUCGAUAGUUAGCACCGUCCUUCUGUUUACUUUAGGGGUGUUCCAGCACUCGUCAUACAUUCUCAUAUUUCUUUUGAUGCUCCUGUUCGGCUUCACGAUCAUCACCUUCGCGUUCAUGUUGACGCCGUUCUUCGACAGCGCCAGAACUGCAGGCAUCUUAGGCAGCUUCGCGGUGAACCUUAUGAGCUGGCUGUAUUUCAUCCAGGUGUUCGUCUCCAACGCGGACUCGCUCGCCUUCUGGUUCGUCUCCCUCAUCAGUUCCAGUUGCUACGCUCUCGCAAUGGAUAAGGCUUUGGUGUUGGACAUGGCGGGCGUGGGAGUGACGUGGGAUAACCUAUGGAGCGGGCCCGGGGUGCCGUUCGGCGGCAGCCUCAUCAUGAUGGCAGUCGACACGGUGUUGUACGGACUCGCGGCUUAUUGGCUCGAUGCAGUAAUACCUAGUGAAUAUGGUAUCAAGCAGAAGCCAUGGUUCUGCCUGCUGCCGUCGUACUGGCUGGGAAGUCGCAGGAGCAGGGUGUCCGCCGUACACUUCCAUUCUAACGGUGACGCUGCCCAUAAUAAGGACAUCGAGCCAGUUCCUAGGGAAUUAUUAGAUAAGGAAGCGAUCAGGAUUGUGGGUCUUCAAAAGAGCUUCCGUCAUUGUCGCAAGCCUGAAGUGAAGGCCAUCGACGGCAUCGACCUUAGCAUCUAUGAGGGUCAAAUAACCGCCGUGCUGGGCCACAACGGAGCCGGGAAGUCCACGCUGUUCAAUAUCUUGACAGGACUCACAGCGCCCACGGCCGGCACCGCUUAUGUUUACGGAUUAGAUGUCAGAGAUCCUAACGACAUGAACGAGAUCCGUCAAAUGAUCGGUGUGUGCCCUCAGCAAGAUGUCUUGUUCGAUUUGCUCUCAGUUAGAGAGCAUUUGGAGUUUUUCGCAGCUGUCAAGGGAAUUCCCAGCAAACGAUUGCCAGAUGAAGUGCACAAGGCGAUGUCGGAAGUUGGUCUUCUAGAGCAGGCCGAAGUAUUUUCUAAACAUCUAUCCGGUGGGCAGAAGAGGAAGCUAAGCAUAGCUAUCGCAUUUAUUGGCGAUCCCAAGAUCAUAAUCCUGGAUGAGCCGACCGCGGGCGUGGACCCGGUGUCGCGGCGGCAGACGUGGCGCGUGCUGCAGCGCGCGCGCAGCGGCCGCGUGCUGCUCCUCACCACGCACUUCAUGGACGAGGCCGACAUCCUCGGCGACAGGAAGGCCGUCAUCAGCAAGGGCAGGGUCCGCUGCGCUGGUACGUCGUUAUUUUUGAAGAACAAAUUUGGUAUCGGCUACCAUUUAACAUUGGUAUUAGAUGGCGCGUGCCGCGAGCACCAGAUCACGCGGCUGGUGCGCGGGCACGUGCCGCGCGCGGAGAAGGCGCGGCGCCACGGCCGCGAGCUGUCCUACAUCCUGCCGCACUACGCCGUGCACCUCUUCCCGCCGCUCUUCCACGCCAUCGAGCACGAGAUCAAGGACAAGACCAACCGAUUGGGUAUCACUAGCUACGGUGUUUCAAUGACAACUCUUGAAGAAGUUUUUCUCAGUCUAGAAGGGGAAAAUGACGAGGAAAUUGACGCAGUCGAAGGAGUAUCAUCUGUAAAGCUGGUGCGAGCAAGAGCAUUAUCUAGAAGCUUGUCCCUACAGAGCAAGACGUUAAGCUACCAGGAGUUGAACGACAAGGACCAGCAAAAUACGACAUCGCUACCCACGCCGCCAGCAUCGCACGCCCUACAUUCUACAACGCACGGGGUUGAACAUGUUAAGGUGACACCAGAAGUGCCGGUGUCAGUGGACGCUCUCGGCGAAAUGGUGAAGACGAACCCGUCGUGCUGGCGGACGUUCUGCGCGCUGGUGUACAUCCGCAUCGUCCGCAUGAUACGCGACCCUUACAAGUUGUACGUCAUGAUCUUCAUGCCCAUCAUUUCCUGCGCUCUUGGUUUAUACAUAAAGUCCAGACAAAUAGUAUUUUUCCGGAUGCAGCCGCUCAAAUUGGACCCCAACGCUUAUUUGAACAAGACACCAAUUGCUCUACACAGCGAACUCGGCAACUUGAAAGAGCUAUCGGAUUUCAAGGACUCCUUAGAAACUUUAGGGGCUUACCCCAUAGUGGAUUUCGAUGGAAACUUCUCGAGUCUUCUAGAUAUGGAGAACUUCGGUGCGUUCAGCUUGAGGGACAGCGUCAUACCGUACGGGAAGAUAAUGGCCUACUAUAACAGUACAUAUACACAUAGUCUGCCUAUUAUAGUCAAUUUAUUGGACAACACUAUAUACAGGGUGCUAAUGUCAGCUUCAAACCAGUUGGCUAGCUUCAAGCCAAUAGAGGUGCUGGCCCAUCCGUUCCAGCAGACGGAACAACAGGAGGAGUUUAACCUGGGCAACAUGGUCUGCGCCAUCUUUAUGGGCAUGAUCUUUGCGCUGGUACCUGUCACGUUGGCUGUCGAUAUUGUUUACGACAGAGAGAUAAAAGCUAAAAACCAACUUCGUGUAAACGGCCUCUCAAUGAGCAUGUACUUCCUAACGUACUUUGUAAUCCUCAUCUUCAUAAUGCUCAUUACAAGUGCCGGCGUGCUAUUACUGGUAAUCUUCAACGACAUUCCAAGUCUAACAAACGGCUCCGCCAUCACGAUGCUGUCCGGUCUCCUCCUAUUAUACAGCCCGUCGGCCAUUUUGUUCAACACGUGCCUGUCUUAUAUCUUCGACAAGAUGGACUCCGCGCAAAGUAUCAUGCCCAAUAUAACCACAUGGAUCGGAGUUAUUCCGUUCGUUUUAGUAGCUGUUUUGGAUACAUUUAAAUGGGGUAAUGACAUCGCGUUCUACCUCCAUCUGGUGUUCAGUUUUCUGGACGUCAUGUACAUACCCUAUGCCAUCAUUUAUUAUGUUGAUAGGGUGUACCUAACGUGCAACCUGCGUGGUCUGUGCACGACGCCGGAGCUGUGGAGCUACUUCACGGCGGAGGUGUGGGUGCUGAUCGCGGCCAUGUUGCUGCACGUACCGAUCUGUGGCGCCGCCCUCCUCGCCGCAGACAGGCUCAAGUCCGGUGGAAGGAUAUGUCCGAAGAGGGCGGGGACGAGGGGUACACGGGGUGCGGCGGGCGCGGGGGACGUGGAGGUGGAGGCGUGCGGCGAGGCGGGCGAGGACGAGGACGUGCGGCGCGAGCGGCGCCGCGUGGCCGCCAUCCUGCACCAGCCCGCCAGCAGCGCGCCCGCGCUCGUCGUGCACAAUCUGCGCAAAGAGUACAAAAUUAGAGGGUCGAGUGCGUCCAAAGGCGCGGGGUGCUGCGGCGGCGAGGAGACCUUGCGCAAGGCCGGGCUGGCUCGGCUCAGUCUGGCCGUGCAUGGCGGCGAGGUGUUCGGUCUGCUGGGACACAACGGCGCUGGGAAGACCACAACUAUGAAGAUAAUCACGGCAGAGGAGCGACUCACUUGUGGGACCGUGAUGCUCGGUGGGAAGAGCAUCGACGAGGCGCAGUCUUCCGCGUUCCAGAUGCUGGGCUACUGCCCGCAGCACGACGCGCUCUGGAAGAACGUCACCAUCCGGGAGCACAUCGAAUGCUACGCAGCUAUACGCGGCGUCAGCAAGAGCGAUACACCGCGGAUAGUGGAGGCGUACCUGAACGGGCUGCAGAUCAUGGAGCACGCGGGCAAGAACGCGGAGGACUGCUCGGGCGGCACGCGGCGCAAGCUGUCGUUCGCGCUGGCCAUGGUGGGCGACCCGCGCGUCGUGCUGCUGGACGAGCCCUCCACCGGCAUGGACCCGCGCAGCAAGCGCUUCCUCUGGGACACCAUCCUGGCCAGCUUCCAGGGUAAAAAAGGCGCAAUACUGACAACACAUUCCAUGGAAGAGGCUGAUGCCUUAUGCUCUAGAGUUGGGAUUAUGGUGAAAGGAAGUCUAAGAUGUAUAGGUUCAACGCAGCAUCUGAAGAAUCUGUACGGGGCUGGGUACACGUUGGAAAUGAAGAUUGGGCGGAACCAUCAGAAGGCCUCGAUGUUAGAUUCGGAUUUAUCAAUGUCACCAUCUCCAUUGAGGUCCGACGAAAACUCACCAUCUUUAGGGGAAGCUGACGAAGGGGUAUCGGGUGGGGGCUCGGCGGCGGCGGAGGCGGAGGCGGAGGGCGAGGCGGAGGCGGUGGACGCCAGCAUCCACACACCGCUCGUCGCCGGCACGCCGCCGCAGCGCCCGCUGCACCAUAGAACGGAAUCUGGUGGCGGUGGGGUUGGUGCUGAAGCUGCGAUAGCGUUGGUGGGACAAAUCUUCCCGUCUGCUGUUCUCGAAGAGAACUUUGGCGAGAGGCUCGUGUUCUCUGUACCACAGUCCUCAGUUUCCAGUUUAGCGAGAUGCUUUCAACAGAUAGAGGAUGCAAAAGAAAAGUUGAACAUAGUGGAGUACAGCUUUAGUCAGACCACGUUGGAGCAGGUGUUCCUGAAAUUCGCACAAACUGAGAACGUGGAGUCAUCAGACCAAGAGCAUUAG